AGAUCCAACGCACAGAUGAGACUGAAGAGAAGCUCUAAGAAAAAAAUGGCCAUACCGCCCCCACCGGGACCACCGCCACCACCAGGGCCCCCGCCGCCCCCGGCCAUGGGCGGCUUAAAGCUGGGCGGCGGAGGCAAAGGUGGCGCAGAUCAACACUCUGCCCUUCUCAGCUCCAUCCAGAAGGGCACAAAGCUCCGCAAGACGAACACCGUGGACAAGAGCGGGCCGGCAUUGGCGGGGAAGGUGUGUGGAGCAGAUGCCGCAGCCGGAGGCGCCAAACGAACCCUCAACAACAACACCAGCACCAACAACAACAACAGCAGUAGCAGCAGCAGCAACGGCCUUGGCAAUGGAGCCCCCAAAUUGGGGGGCCUGUUCGAAGGCUACUCGCAAAUGCCGAAGCUGAAGCCCGUGAAUGGCUAUCGCAGUAGCAGCAGCAGCAGCAGCGCCCCCACCACCACCAGUCGGAGCAGCAGCGGCGCGGCAACAGCACAACAACAACGCAGUCAUAGCCCCCCCACAGCCGCAACGGCCGCUGCCGCAUCCAGCAACGGACCCAUGGACUUCAACACAGAGCUGGCCAUGCACCUAACACUGAAGCGCCAGAAGGCGCAGCAGAAGCAGCAACAGUCGCCGCACGCACCCAGCGCACAUAUCAAUGCCACAGAAGCAAAUCUGAAAACAAAUCGGGGACCUCCACCGCAACCGCCAAAGCAAACCAACUCAAGUGAUUCGAUAUUGGAGCGCAUGAAUAUCCCACCCCGCACUGCCCCGCCACCAGCUGGCCCCGUCAAAGCCGCCUCGCCCACGCUCUCGGAGAGCGGCAGCAACAGCAGUGCCAGUGCCAGUGGCAGCGUCAAGAGCAAGGCGGCCAAUCUGAAUAUCUCGUUAGGGAAUAGUUUUGUAAAUAGUUCGAUGGCAAAGACCGCCGCGAGUGCCUCCACGACGUCGCUGAGCUCGAGCAAAACGUCCGCGGCGGGAUCGAUGCGCAACCUGGCGCCCAAUAAGUCAACGCUGUUCGGUGGUGCUGGUUCUUCUAUUGGUGUUGGUUCACAGCAAACCUCGCUCCCAUCCUCCACCGCCAGCAGUACGCCCACACCGCCGCCGGCUCAACCGCAGUCCCAAACGCAGUCGCAGUCCCAGUCGCAGCAGCAGAAGCCGGCCAUCAGCUUUGGCAAGCCAAACUUUGCUCCAAAGCCGCCGGGGCUCCAGCAGUUGAUUCUGGUUAACGGACAGCAGCGUCCGGCGGUGACGCGGCACCACAGCAUGAAGUCGCCCAGGUCUCCGCCAGCGGCUGGGCCUAUGUUCCCCACCCAGCAGCAUUUCGGGACCAUGCGGGCUCCGCUGCAGCUGCAGGGCAGCGACGGAAGCGUCGCCAGCAUGCGCUGUGCCCCCAAUCCACCAAAGUCACGGCCAUCGGUGAAGCCCCCUCCACCGCCAACACCAGCGCGCAGCUUCUCCAACAGCAACUUGAGCAACAUCGGAGCUGGAGCAUCUACGGCGCCGUUUAGUGCCGUGAACACGGCCCUGGUGCAGAGUGCGGCGUUCACGACGCAGGCCGCCUCGACUCCCAUCACCCAACCGCCCUCCAGCUCGAGCAGCAGCAGCAGCGUGGCCGCCCUGCGUGACCAGUUCCGUGCAGUCGGCAUCGGGAACGGAAUGAACGGUGGGAAUGGCAAUGCCUCGCCACCGCUGCCGCCGCUGCCUGCCCCGGCGUCUGUUUCGUCGGCCUCAUCAUCGGCCACGGCCAGCCCCAAAUCUUCGACCGUCAGGCCGAUCAUACUGAAUGGGGGACCCAUCAAUCCACCAGCCCCGCCGCCCCACCGCAGCUGUCCGCCUCCACCGCCGCCGCAGCGACAAUCGAGCACUAAUGUUCGAGUGAAGAACUGGUUGUUCAAGAGGCUGUUCUCGCUUAGGCAAUUUCUGAAUCGGAACACCAGCCGCGGCCGCCCACCAUUCAAGGUUAUCCAAAUGCUGAUGCUCAACGGCAAGCGCAACGCUGGAUCCGGAUCCGGUUCGGGGUCGGGGUCGGUUGCUGGAGCGCCAGUGCCGCCACAGCGGCACUCCUCCAUACGGCCCAAUGCCCCGCUGACGCCACCCACGCACAUGGCCAACGCCUCGCAUCAGUUUGGCAGCAAUUCCGGACUGUCGGUAGGCGGAGGAGCAGUAGCUGCAACUGGAGCAGGAGGAGCCACUGUGGGGCGUCUGGUCAUCGAUCUGGAGACCAAGUUCGGGAAGCGAUUCCACAACGUGACCGAGUUCCCCAAGCCGCCGCCGUUUCUUAAUAUACAAAAAAUCUAUCCUAGUCGAACGUUUAAGGCGAGCAACGCUGCCGCUCAGACGCCAAGCAACAACAACAUCGGCAUUAACAACAACAUUACGGCUGUCUGCAACAAUAAUGCCAGCACGAAUUCAACGACAACGGGGGGAGCUGCAUUGCCGCCAGCACUGAAGCCAGCCUAUGCACCACUGAAGAAGCACCGGGCACCGGCACCACCGCCACAGGCAGGCGUGGCCGCUGCCACAGUGUCCGUGAUACGGCAAUCCAGUUUCCUGUACGGCGGCGGAGCAGCCGGAACGGCUGGCAGUGGCUCCCCCGUUCGACCCCAAUCCCAGGCGGCGGGGAGUGUGGCUCGCAACUCGACGGUCUGCUGAGGUCCCUCAGGGGAUUCCAUAUCUAUGCCCAUGAGUUGUACAUAAAGGCGGAUGUACUGAUAUACGGAUACAAGUGUACUAUAGCUGCGCUGGGGUACGGAGUGAUUGUGCAAAAGCCUAUUGUUCAAAAUUAAAGUAAAAGUGCAUAAAAUAAAAAAAGGAACAAUAACAAACACUCACCAGAGCAGAGGGCACGGCACACGCAUCAAAAUCUAUGUAUGUAUCUCUCUGUAGCGUCUUCCCUGGCAGCACUUGGCAAGCAAACCCUUAACAAGAGUUCUGUAUAUAGGAAUUAGCACCUAAUGUUAGUGAAAUUAUGAAAACAGCAAUAUAGCAGCAAUCUUUUAUAUGCAUAAUAUUGUGUCUGUAUGUAUGUAUGUUUCAAUAUGAUUAUAUUGUAUUUAGGAGCGCCUCUAUAUGAAUAUCUUACUAGACUGAACAUGUUAAAACCCAACAACUAAUUAAUAUAAAUACAAGUAUACACGAUACUUGGAGGGGAAUACUCUGCACUGGGAUACUCCCCUAGAGCAAUACACACAACACGAAGAAUGUUAGAUGCAAUACGUAUACUGAACAGAAGCACAACUGAGAGCAUUUCAACGAAUCUUGUCACACAUCCAUUUUAGAGUCGUUUCAUUAGUUGAAAUACCCAAAUUUGUGUGAUAAAAUCUCUAAAGUAUCUAAUCUAUGAUCUAUCUACGAGUAUCAUCCCACGAUUGGUGAAAAUUUGUUAAAUCUUUUUGGCCAUACAUAGGCACUAUUGAAUGUAUGCAGAUUAUCAUGUAAUACGAGUACUGUGCUACAUAAUUAUUAUUAUUAUUAUUGAAUUCAAUCAUUGUUGUUAGACUUGGUGUCACUAGAAGUAUUAACCAGCAUUUAACAUAACGAUUUAUUCAGCAUCCGAAUCAUUACAGUUAUCAGAUAAAUAAAUUCCAAAAUCA